AUGGCACAACAAAAAGCAGAAUGGGGAAAUCAAAUGAAAAAUGAAGGUUUAGAUGAUAUGACAUUAUUAUCAAAAGUAACCAAUGACCAAAUUUUAGAAAAUUUAAAGAAAAGAUUCGAAAAAGAUAUUAUUUAUACAAAUAUUGGUGAUGUAUUAAUUUCAGUAAAUCCAUUCAAACAAAUUCCAAUCUAUGGCGAUGAUGUUUUAAAUCAAUAUAUUGGCAAGUCACGUAUCGAAUUAGCUCCACACAUCUACGCAGUUGCAGAACAAACAUAUAGAUCAAUGAUUAACGAAAAAGAAAAUCAAUGUGUUAUUAUUUCUGGUGAAUCAGGUGCAGGUAAAACUGAAGCAGCAAAGAAAAUUAUGCAUUACAUUGCACAAGUUAGCGGUGAACAAGGUGGUGUAUCAAAUCAAAAGGUAGAACACGUUAAAUCAAUUAUUUUAGAAACCAAUCCAUUAUUAGAGGCCUUUGGUAAUGCUAAAACUCUUCGUAAUAAUAAUAGUUCACGUUUUGGUAAAUACUUUGAAAUUCAAUUCAAUCAAAAGAACGAACCAGAAGGUGGUAAAAUUACCAAUUAUCUUUUAGAAAAGAGUCGUGUAGUUUAUCAAUUAAAUGGCGAACGUAAUUUCCACAUCUUUUAUCAAUUUUGUAGAGGUGCAACCCCACAAGAACAACAAGAAUUUGGUGUCUAUGGUCCAGAAAAUUUUGCUUAUUUAACUAAAGGUAAUACUCUUGAUAUCGAUGAUGUAGAUGAUGUUGAGGAAUUUGGUUUAACUAGAAACGCUAUGAAUGUAAUUGGUAUUACAGCACAAGAACAAAAGCAUAUCUUUAGAUUAUUAGCUGCAAUUCUUUGGAUUGGUAAUGUUGAAUUUAAAGAACAAGCUGGUGAUAAAGUUACAGUUGCUGAUCAAUCAGUACUCGAUUUUGUUGCCCAAUUAUUAGAGGUACCAAGCCAUUUCUUAAAGACCUCAUUGGAAUUUAGACAAAUGGAAACCAAACAUGGUAAUCAAAGAGGUACUCAAUAUAAUGUUCCAUUAAAUAAAACUCAAGCCAUUUCAGGUAGAGAUGCUUUAGCCAAAGCUAUUUACGAUCGUUUAUUCAACUGGUUAGUCGAACGUAUUAAUCAAGCUAUGGAAAAUCCAAAUAGAGGUUUAAUUAUUGGUGUAUUAGAUAUUUAUGGUUUCGAGGUUUUCGAUAGAAAUGGUUUUGAACAAUUUUGUAUCAAUUAUGUCAAUGAAAAACUUCAACAAAUUUUCAUUGAGUUUACCCUUAAAAAUGAACAAGAAGAAUACGUCCGUGAAGGUAUCAAAUGGGAACCAAUUCCAUAUUUCGAUAACAAGAUUGUAUGCGAUCUUAUUGAAGGUAAAAACCCACCAGGUAUUUUCUCCAUUUUAGAUGAUGUUUGUCGUGCUGUACACAGUCAAACCGAUGGUGCCGAUCAAUCUCUCUUACAAAGAAUUGCUGUUUGUAAAUCAAAUGCUCAUUUUGAUACUCGUGGUAACGCUUUUUGUAUUAAACAUUAUGCUGGUGAUGUAAUUUAUGAAGGUCCAGGUAUGAUCGAAAAAAAUAAAGAUACUCUUCUUAAAGAUCAUUUAGAAAUUCUUCAAAUGUCUGCUAAUGGUUUCUUAACAGCACUUUUCCCAGAUGUUAUCGAUUCAGACUCAAAGAAAUUACCAUCAACUGCUGGUUUCAAAAUUAAAUCUCAAGCUGCUGAAUUAGUUAGCACUUUAACAAAAUCAACUCCACAUUAUGUUCGUUGUUUAAAGAGUACCGAUACAAAGAAACCAAAUGUUUUUGAAGGUGCUAGAGUUUUACAUCAAAUUAAAUAUCUUGGUCUUUUAGAUAACAUUAAGGUAAGAAGAGCUGGUUUUGCAUACCGUACCUUUUUCCAAAAGUUUAUUGACCGUUACUAUCUUUUAUCCGAUAAAACUUGUUAUGCCGGUAAUAUGAUCUGGAAAGGUGACCCUCUCUCUGGUUGUCGUGCUAUUUUAGCUUCACAAAAUGUCGAUUCAACUCAAUAUCAAAUUGGUAAAUCAAAGAUCUUUAUUCGUUACCCAGAAAUGCUCUUUACUCUUGAAGAAACUAGAGAACGUUAUUGGCACGAUAUGGCAUCUCGUAUUAAGAACGCCUAUAGAACCUAUAAAUCAUUCCAAUAUGAAUGUGCUAAUCGUAUUAAACACGCAUUCAGAAAUUAUAAAUUAUACAGACAACGUUGUGCCCAAACCAUUCAAGGUUACUUUAGAGCAUGGAAACAAGCUUCACCAUUCUUUGACCUUCGUAUGCAAACCGAACAAACAUUUAAUGGCAGAAAAGAAAGAAAUCGUUUCUCUAUGAUUUCAGUAAGAAAAUAUUUUGGUGAUUAUUUAGAUGUUCGUUCACAAACUUAUUUCCUCGAUGCUAUGGCUGAAGGUCGUAACGAAGAGGUAAUUUUCUCAUUCAAAUCUCAAGUUGUAGUUCAUCCAUUAUUAUCAGCAAACAAAUUAUCACCACGUUUCUUAAUUGUAACUAAACAAGCCAUCUAUUUAAUCAAGUUAAAACAAAAGAAGAAUUUAGCCACCUAUUUAUUAGACAGACGUAUUCCAUUAGCUGAAGUUACUUCAUUCUCUCUUUCAAAUCUUGUUGAUAAUAUGAUUAUGAUUCAUACAUCAACUCAAUUCGAUGUUGCUCUUACUUGCGAACUUAAAACUGAAUUAGUUGCUCUCAUUAACAAAGCUAAAGGCCAACAAUUACCAUGUAACUUUGCCAAUUCAGUUCAAUACUUUAAAAAGAAAGGUAGCAAUAAUACAAUUACUUUUGUAAAAGAUGAAAUGCAUAAAGAAAUUUUCUUCAAGAAAAAUCAAGUUCACAUUGCCUCUGGUCUCCCAGCCUCCUCUACUAUUAAUAAGGUUAGAAAAAAUCCAAGUAUCAAUGGUGGUAGUUCUAUUAAACCAGUUGCUAAACCAGUAGCUCAACCAUUAAAUAUUAAACCAGUUGCUAAGCAAAUGCCAGCCAAACCAAUGCCAUCAAAACCAGUUGCCAAACAAUUACCAGCCCCAGGUGCCCCAAUGCCAUCUAAACCAGUCGCUAAACAAUUACCAACACCAGGUGCUCCAAUGCCAUCAAAACCAGUUGCUAAACAAUUACCAACACCAGGUGGUGCUCCAGUUUCAAAACCAGCUGGUGCUCCAAUGAUGAAACCAAUGAUGAAGCCUCCAGGUGGUGCUCCAAUGUCAAAACCAGCCGGUGCUCCAAUGAUGAAACCAGCCGGUGGUGCUCCAAUGGCUAAACCAGCCGGUGCUCCAAUGUCUAAACCAGCCGGUGCUCCAAUGAUGAAACCACCAGGUGGUGCUGCACCAAUGGCUAAGCCAGCUGGCGCUCCAAUGAUGAAACCACAACCUGCUCCAAUGAAAAAACCAGCCGCUCCAUCUGCUGAGCAAUAUGUUGCUCUUUAUGACUACGAUAAAAUGCAAGGUGAUGAACUUUCAUUCAAAGAAAAUGAUAUUAUUCAAUUAAUUAAAAAAGUUGAUCAAGAUUGGUGGAUGGGUACUUUAGUAAGCACCGGUGCCAGUGGCAUGUUCCCAAGUAAUUAUGUUGAAUUAAAAAGAUAA